AUGGACGUUCAAUCAAAUACUGUCACACUCACGGCAGAAUGCCUCUGCAAAGCGCACACGUUCAGCACCAAAGUCUCCUCGUCCAAGCUCCCGCUGGAAGCUGAUGUCUGCCACUGCGAUUCCUGCCGUCAUUCCACUGGCGCACUGUAUGCGGUCAGAACAACUUGGCCUCAGCCGCGCGAGGAGGUCGACAUCAGCGGGCUCGAGCGAUACCAAUUUUCUGCAGACAUCACGCAUCUGUCCUGCGGGAAAUGCUCGACGUUGAUGUUCUACGAGUCGCGCAAGUACUCCGGCAAGCUCGGGACCUUUUCCGGCCCAUUGAAGACCAUGGAAGCCCAUCCCAUCAGACUCGCCAGGCACAUCUGGGUCGAGGACACUGUCGAUGGCGGAGCUUCUGUCUGGCUCAGAAGGCCAAACGCUGAUGGCAAAGAGAUUCCGCGGUACCGAGGGCGUGAUGGAGAGAUCUCGUGGGACUGGCCUCAGGCAUCAACAGGACGGGAAGAAAAGCAGGGACAAAAGUUCAUCCCUGUUCGGUGUCACUGCAAAGGCAUCAAUAUAUGCAUGCAUCGUGGAAACUAUGACGGCAAAAAGAGAGAAGAUCUUCCGUGGUUCAUCGACCCAAGGACGGACAAGCCGGUGGCCGAUUUCGACGUGUGCGAUUCUUGCCGUCUGCACUUCGGAAACGAAAUCGUUCACUGGACAUUCGUAGACUUGACCAACAUAUCCACAGCCGGUGGCACUGCGUUCCCAAAGACGACCGCGGAGCUCAAGGCAGCAGUGGAUGCGGGUGACCACGUAGUCGGAACACUGGCCUACUAUCAGUCGUCACCAGAUGUACAGAGAUACUUCUGCAAAGUUUGCUCUUCAUCGGCAUUCUAUGCUUGUGACGAUAGACCGGAAACUGUGGACCUGGCCGUCGGCCUGCUGGACGCACCGGACGGAGCCAGGGCGGAGGGUUUCUUGUCUUGGCUUUAUGGGGACAGGCCGGCUUGGGUGGACGAUAAUAAAGGAGGUUGGCGAGAAGGACUGGUGAAGAGAGCACAGGCCGAAGCAGAGGAGUUUAGGAUCACGAGAGAAUACCCAAAGAGUUGGAGGAGGCUUGAGCAGGAGGCGGAGGAAGAAUCAUCUUGA